ACGUUGGAUAAAGAGAGAGCCACGACUACUCCACUUGUGGCGCGCACAAACUCAAGAGUUCCACCGAGCGCGCGUCCAUGGCCUCCGCCGACAACCUCCGUGCCCUCGACCUCAAGGCGUUCGACGACACCAAGGCCGGCGUGAAGGGCCUCGUCGACGGGGGUGUCACCGCCGUCCCGUCCAUCUUCCACCACCCGCCGGAGUCCCUCCCGGACGCCACGCCUCGACCCCAUCGCUUCACCGUCCCGGUCAUCGACCUGUCCGCCGUGGGCACCGCGCGAGCCGCGGUGGUCGCGCAGGUGAGGGAGGCGGUGGAAACGGCGGGCUUCUUCCAGGUGGUCGGCCACGGCGUGCCGGAGGCGGCCACGGCGGCGAUGCUCGCGGCGGUGCGCGGCUUCUUCGAGGAGCCGGUGGAGGCCAAGGCGCCGUUCUACACCCGCGACCUCGGCCGGCGCGUCCGGUACCAGAGCAACCUCAACCUGUUCAAGUCGCGGGCGGCCAACUGGCGCGACACGCUCUUCAUGGAGCUGCCGGCGCCGGAGGAGAUCCCGUCGGCGUGCAGGAGCGUCGCGCCGGAGUACGCGCGGCUGCUGCAGGAGGGGCUUGGCCGGACGCUGCUGGGGCUGCUGUCGGAGGCGCUGGGCCUCCGCCCCGGCCACCUCGAGGAGGAGCACCGGUGCCUCGACGGCGUCAGCCUCGCCUGCCACUACUACCCGGCGUGCCCGGAGCCGCACCUCACCCUCGGCACCCCGCGGCACUCCGACGCCAACUACCUCACCGUGCUCCUCCAGGACGCCGUCGGCGGCCUCCAGAUACUCCUCGACCACGAGGCCGAUGGCGGCGAAAAACAGAAGCAGCCGGUGUGGGUGGACGUGCCGCCGGUGGCGGGGGCGCUGGUGGUGAACGUCGGGGACUUCCUGCAGAUCAUGUCAAACGGCAGGUUCAAGAGCGUGGAGCACCGCGUCGUGGCCAACGGCGUGGGACCGCGGGUCUCGGUGGCGUGCUUCUUCCGGACGGACCGCACCGCAUCGUCGACGACGGUGAUAGAGCCGAUCGUCACCGACGGCGACGGCAGCUUGCGGUACAGCAGCACGACGGCGGAGGAGGUGAUCCAGCGGCACUACAAGGUCUCGUCUGCACUCAAGCAGCAGCACUUGAGGCUCUGAAUCUCAGCAUCGAUCGAAGCCCACAAAAUGUAUCUUUUUCUCUACCGACUGCACCAAUAUAUCACCCAGUAGCUGAUCCCAAAACAUUCCAAUUACGAGGCACAAACAGAUAAGCUGUCAGAGGUUUCACUCAAGUUGACUCCUGAAGUUUGAAUUUUGGUUUUGAA